CUUUUGGGCCUGAGCUCGCGGGUUUCUACGUCGACAGCGUUUGAUGGCCGCGAACGUGGGGCAAGACGCCAGUAAGAGCUCAUUCUGCAACGCAUGAAUGCAAACAAGACUUUGCUAAAGCCAGCCAGCUCUCCUUCGGAGCUCUACGGCUGCGCUGAGGCUGCAGCACUGAUCGACACAACAAUAGCACUGAUCAGACAACAUGCCCGUCGCCUCCUCACUAGAAACGGUGCUCUUCAGGCAGCACGUGCGCAUGGGCCGCGGCGUCCAGCAGCGCGCGGGGCCGCGGCUGCGGUUGAUCAUAGAACUCGCGUGCGGCGCUGCCGCAUUAUUAAGCACGGUAUCUCUAGCGGCGCUCCACGCGCGCUACGUGGCCGCGCCGGAGCAGCCCGUGGCGCGCGCGUUAAGAGAUGCGGUCGCGCAGAUGCGCUACGCGCCGACCAUUAGGAUCGUGCUGACGAGCGAAGACCACGCCAGGUGCGCGGUGGCAACAGACGCGGCGCCGGGCGUCGCCUUCUGGUUCGCGCGGGACCGGGGCGUGGCCUUGUUGACGGAGGACGCGCGGAAGCAGCUGCGCAUCAACAUUGUAAACGUGAAAUGCGGAGGAAAAGCUGUGCCCCGCUUCGUCGAGUCGGAGAGCGUCGUGGCGAACGCCGUAUUGACGGGCGCGGGGCGCGGCUGGCUCAAGGCCGAGCGGAGUGGGGAGUUGUACGAUUUGAGUGUGUCUUCUUCCAAUUCAUGGGCGGUCGCGGGCCGCGCCGCGUUCGUGCUCUUCGCCACGUCCACAUUAGUCCACUACACGCUGCGCGAGACGCAAGCGCGCAUGCUGCGCUUCACGGCGGAGUUACGGGAGACCAUCUCGUCCCGAAGGUCGUACGCGCGGCUCGUGACGCGGCACUUACUCGAUUCCGCGGCCUUUGCACCGAUCAUGGUGGGUAUGCUGGCCUUCCUCUUCGAGUUCUUCGCGGACCAGAUCCUCGGGCUGACCAUACUCACUUUGGUCUGGGGCGUCGAGCUCUUCGUGGCCGUGUCGGUGCGCGCGCGGGCGUCGGUUUUAUUUUUGCCGCAGAUUCUGAUGGCUUAUUUAGCCGCACUGCACUGCUACCUGUUCAAGUGGCCCUUUGGAUUUCGGUACGUGGCGCUGGGCGCGUGCAUUUUAUAUAUUCUGCACGCGUGCUGCUUCUUCUUCAACCGGCACGAGCUGAAAGCGCUGCGCGAGGGGAGCGUGUCCGCGGCGCUCCCGCGCGACACGGGGCCGGCCUGCGACGCCGUCUCCACCAGUCGACGGUCGCCGCCCCGACGACAACACACGGAUUAACAAUUA